CAUACACACACACACUCUCUCUCUCUCGCCCUCGCUUCUCUCAUUGGAACAAUUCAAACCCCAUCUAACUAACCUAAACAAUGGCGCCCAACAAGAUCAUCAUUGAUACCGACCCCGGCGUCGACGAUGUUCUCGCUAUGCUUCUUGCGUUUUCGGCAAAGGCCGAGGAACUCGAUGUUUUGAUGCUGUCUUUGACGUUUGGAAACGUGCAGGUGCAAGAUUGCUUGAGAAAUGUGGUUACGCUUUUCCAGCAGAUUGAGAAAGAGAGGGCGUGGCGUAAAGAACAUGGUCGGCCAGAGGGGUUUGAGACGCUGAAUGCGAGGAAACCUAUCGUUGCCGUGGGGGCUGAAGAGCCGUUGGCUGAGCACAUGAUGGUUGCGGAUUUCUUUCACGGUGUUGAUGGGCUUGGAGGGAUUCAUCAUAGUCACCCGCAUCUCUCACCGGCCGAGACAUGGAAGACGCUUUUCAAACCUACGCCAGAGAACCUUUCACCAGAAGAAGCGGCAGAACUUCAGAAAGUCAAGGAUCAGCAUUCGCUUUUUACACCAUCCCUCAAGCCUGCGCAUAAGGUUAUGCUAGACUUGCUCAGGGAGAAUGAACCAGAUACGGUUACCAUAGUGGCUGUGGGACCAUUGACGAACCUUUCUAUUGCUGCGGCAGAGGAUCCAGAGACGUUUCUCAGGGUUAAGGAGGUUGUCGUUAUGGGCGGUGCUAUCGAUGCACCUGGAAAUAUGACACCCGGCGCGGAAUUCAACACGUACGCCGAUUCAGUAGCCAGUGCGCGCGUCUUCGCCCUCACGUCUCAAAACCCACACCUGACAAUGCCGCCCACGCUUUCCAGCACGCACAAACAAGCCAAACUCGCCCCUUACCCAGCUCAGCUCAGCAAGCGCCUAACAAUCAAGCUGUUUCCCCUCGACAUAACAGAACAGCAUCUCCUCCCCAAAUCCAUGUACGAAGACUACAUUUCGCGCGAGGGCAUAAAAGGCAGCCCCUUGGCCGAAUGGACGCACCUCUUUCUCUCCGCCACCUUUGCCAAAAACGCCUCGCUGAACCCGCAGCACCAAGACGACGCAAAACAGAGUCUCCAGCUUCACGAUCCACUAACCGUGUGGUACGCGCUCUGCGCCUCCAACCCCAACUGGAAAUUCAAAGAGGAAGAUGUGCGUGUUGAAACGAGCGGGCAGUGGACCCGCGGUUGCACGAUUGUGGAUCGCAGGGGCCGCACAAUUACCGAGGGCAUGGCGGAUCUGAGUGAGGAGGUGGUGGGGGAUGCGGGGGGCUGGAGAGACUCGCGCAGGGGCAAUCGCGUCCAGUGGUGUAAUAAGAGCCCUGGAGAGAGCAAGUUUGCGCGGGUGAUUUUGCAUCGGGUUUGGGGGGAUGGAGAGCAGUGGUGAGAGAGAGAGAUAAAUGAUUAUGGCAUCAUGGUUGGAUGAGAAGAGAAAAAAAAAAGGCUAUUUUGAAUGAUUGAUCACUCUCUCAGACAUUCGUUUUUCCCUCUCUUGCGGUGGACUGAGAAAACAGUGCAUUUGAUCGGUGCUUAUUUCUUUAU